CCUCCGUGCCGGGCCUGGGCGGCGCGGAUGAGGCCUAAGGCGGCGGCGCGAGGCAGCAUGGUCUGAGACGGUGAACAUGGACUUUUCUCGGCUGCACACGUACACCCCACCCCAGUGUGUGCCAGAGAACACUGGCUACACCUACGCACUCAGUUCAAGUUACUCUUCGGAAGCACUUGCUUUUGAGACUGAGCACCGGUUAGACCCUGUGUUUGACUCUCCGAGGAUGUCCCGCCGCAGCUUACGCCUGACUGAGGCCUCAUACAGCACUGCGAUUGGCCAGGCUGUGAACGCGCGCUCCAGCGCCACCAGGACUGCCUUGCUCAAGGACAGCGCAGCCAGGACAGUGAACCAGCGCCAACGUUCAAGCAAGCCAGCUUUUAGUAUCAACCACCUGUCGGGGAAGGCUGCAUCCUCCAGCGUCUGCCAGGGCAGCUCCUGCAGCCUGCAGGGCACUUCUGCCCGUCGGCCUCCCGUGCUGGACGAGUCUCUCAUCCAGGAGCAGACCAAAGUGGACCACUUCUGGGGAGUUGUCUUUGAUGUCUGCAGACUGAUAACAGGCUUCACCUGCUUUUUCAAAACUUCAGGUGGAAGUAAAGCUGCCACUCAGGGAAACGGCGACCUGGCAGCAGAUGUGGCUGCCAGCAAUGGGUACACCUGCCGCGACUGCAGCUUGCUCUCAGCGCGCACAAGUGCGCUCACAACUGGCCCCGCCACCCACAGGCCCACCUCAAGGGUUUACUCCAGGGAUAGGAAUCCAAAAUGCGGUGCAUCUCUCUACGUGGAUAGGAUUUUGUGGCUGGCCAGAUGCACUUCAUCGUCCUUUUCAUCAUUUUUAGUACAGCUUUUUCAAGUGGUUUUCAUGAAGCUCAAUCAUGAAUCAGAAAAUUACAAAUUGAAAAGUUAUGAAUCAAAAGAAUCAGAAAGUUAUGAGUCAAAAAACCAUGAAUCCAAAGCUCUUCACAGUUACAAUGGGAGGGUGACUGCCCUGGGACUGCCCAGAGAGGACAGCCACCCCAGUGUGGACGGGGAGGUCCUAUGUGAUGACUGUAAAGGGAAGAAGCACGUUGAAGCGUACACAGCCACCUACGCGCAGCCAUCCCAUCCACGCAGGGCGGCGGGGGCCAUGGGGCGCCUCUGCGCCUCUGCAGGUCACCUUGUGAUGCACCCACUACAGAGGAUCGGAGUGGCCGGGCGGCUUGUGUCUGAGAUGCUGUGGUCAGCCCUCUGGUUGGCCAUCACUGCUCCAGGGAAGGCGGUCUCCAGAACGUUCUGGUGGCUGGGGAUUGGGUGGUACCAGUUUGUUACCUUGAUUUCUUGGCUGAAUGUGUUUCUUCUUACAAGGUGCCUUCGAAAUAUUUGCAAGCUCUUCAUCCUGAUCUUCCCACUGUUGCUGCUACUAGGUGCAGGCCUCUCCCUGCGGGGCCAGGGUGACUUCCUCUCUCUACUGCCUGUGCUGAACUGGACAGCCAUGCACACAGCACAGGGGAUGGACGAUCCCAAGGAUGUGGUCAGACCUGGACCCUCUGCCCCGAGCCAGGCUCUGCAGGCUGAUGACCAGGCUUCCCAGUGGCGUUGGGAGAGUGACAUGGGGCAGCAGGUGGCCUCUCUGUCUGCACAGUGCCACAGCCAUGAUGAGAAGCUCAGGCUCCUGACAGUGUCACUUCAGAGACUGCAGGUGCGGGUGGACCGGAUGGAUGAAGGCAGGGAUGGGCUGUCGUCAUGGGUUAAGGACAUUGUUGGGCAGCACCUGCAGGAAAUGGAUGCCACUGGGACCCCAAACGCUAAGGCUGACUUUGUGACGUUCUACCAUGAACAUGGAGUGCGUCUCUCAAACUUGGAAGAUAUUCUUAGAAAACUGACAGAAAAAUCUGAGGCCAUCCAGAAGGAACUAGAAGAGGCCAGGCUGAGAGCAGUUAGCGAGGUGGAGGAGCCCCUCCUGCCCCGCAUGCAACGUCUGGAGCUGGAGCUGGACCUACUGAGGUCGCAGCUGUCAGACUGGCAGCAUCUGAAGGCCAGCUGUGAAAAGGUGGAUGCCCAGGUCAGAGAUACCAUCCGGCUUAUGUUUUCCGAGGACCAGCAUGACGGCCCCCUCGAGGGGCUACUGCACAAGCUUUCUUCUCGGUUCGUGAGCAAGGAUGACUUGCAAGUGUUGUUACGAGACCUGGAGCUACAGGUGCUGAAGAAUGUCACCCACCACAUCACAGUGACAGGACGGGCCCCAACAUCUGAAGCUAUCGUGUCUGCUGUGAGCGAGGCAGGGAUCUCAGGAAUCACAGAAGCGCAAGCACAGGUCAUUGUGAACAAUGCUCUGAAGCUGUAUUCCCAAGACAAGACUGGAAUGGUGGACUUUGCCCUGGAGUCUGGAGGCGGCAGCGUCUUAAGCACCCGGUGCUCGGAGACCUACGAGACCACGACGGCGCUGCUGAGCCUGUUCGGGAUCCCGCUGUGGUACUUCUCCCAGUCGCCCCGCGUGGUGAUCCAGCCUGACAUAUACCCAGGGAACUGCUGGGCGUUCCGAGGCUCCCAGGGUUACCUGGUGGUGCGACUGUCGGUGAUGAUCCGCCCAACCACGUUUACCAUGGAGCACAUACCAAAGACGCUGUCACCGACCGGCAGCAUCUCCAGCGCCCCCAAGGACUUUGCGGUCUACGGACUGGAGAGUGAGUACCAAGAACAGGGACACCUGCUGGGGCAGUUCACCUAUGACCAGGACGGGGACUCGCUCCAGAUGUUCCACACACUGGAGCAGCUUGACAGAGCCUUCCAGAUCGUGGAGCUCCGGGUCUUGUCCAAUUGGGGCCACCCCGAGUACACCUGCCUCUACCGGUUCAGAGUCCACGGAGAGCCCGCCAAGUAGAGGGCCGCCUUGUACAUGUGUGUAUAUAGCAGGGGCCGGACCCGGCACCCCCAAAUAAAUGAACACCCAGGGCUGCAGGGGACAUUCGUGGGAGUCUUGCUGCAGGGGUGUAUUGAAUGUAUGUCCUCAGCACUCACGGGUGGGGACUGACCGAGCCUGACAUGGAGCAGAGAAGGUGGAGCCCAGACCUUUAGCAUGAAGCCGUGACACUGAGCUGCUGUGUCCCCACAGGGACUUCACGUGUUCCAUUGGCUAAAGCCACACAUUUCUUUCAGGGAAAAUUGUCACCAGAUCUUCAGUCCAACCCCUUCCCUCAGGGUGGGAGUUUUUCCUUCCUUCACUGCUGGCCUUGUGGUCCCUGGGGGGGGGGGGGACGGCACUGUGGUCCCCACUUGGUCUGCUCCUGAUACACUCAGACGCGGCUGAUACACUAAGGGACACCAGCAAGUGUCCAGGAAGGGUGAGGUGAGUCUGCUGAAGUGAACAUAGUGUUGUCCGUAGAUCUCAGGACUCCAGCACAAACAGGAACCAGGAGAUGUCACCCUGUGGUGGCCUCAGGCCUUGCUGUGUUGUACUGAAGGGAACACUAAGUGCCACCCUCGGGAGGCAUUCAGGACCAGCACGGUGGGCCCCUCACCACGGCUGGCCAUUCUCGCGUGACCCCUGUGACACUCAUUUUGGUUAUAACUAAUAUUUAAUAGGCUAUUUUAUGCGCAGGCUUUACAAUUGUGAUACCUGCAAGGCACUUAAAGGGUCGGGGGGUUCUAGGAGUGGCCUGGGAGCAUGUGCCCCGCAUACAGCGUCCCAGCGUGGCUGGCGCCCAUGCAUCCCAUCAGGUGACCGGGCAGAGCUUUGUGUAGUGCAGGUAACACGUGUAAGUCAGAAUUUCUACAUACAACUAAAUUUGGGAGUUGGGGUGGAGAUAUUUUGAAUAUUUAUUUUUAAAGAUGCGGGAUAGGACUUUGUGCAAUGUAUUUUUGUAAAUGCUUUUCAAAACACUUGUCUUUGGUGCUUCUAUUGCACCAAAUUGAUGCGACUAUUGAGAUGUUUAAAUAAAGAGUUUUAAUUUUUAAAAGUGCAUGUGAUAUUU